AUGGUGGGCAUUCCGAGGAGCAAAGGAUGCAGGAUAUGCGUUCAACGUCGCGUCAAGUGCGACCAGACGCGUCCGACGUGCAAAAACUGUCUGAAAGGCAAUCGUCCAUGUCCGGGAUACGAUACAGACCUGAAGAUACAUGAUGAAGGCACCAAACUCCGACAACGCUUUGGCCAAAAGGAGUCCGUUCAUCAUGAACCAAAGAACGAUAUCAACAGUAUAUCUGCCGGGUCGAGCGAGCAUACUCAAUCGACAGAGUCCUCCCCUGAAGAGUCCCUGGAAUUGAUCUCCCGUACCGCCACACCAGACUUCGAGUUCAAUGCACAACGCUACAACACGAGCCUUUUCCUGCCGUCGCGCAACAUAAUAAUUGGCUUAGUAGAGGACGAUAUCGGCUUCGAUGCCCCCAGCCUUCAAACCCAAGUAAGCAGUCAUCAACGGCUUCUAAGUGGCGGCGCAGUCAAUUUUGACGUCGGUUUCCAGCUGCCGCUUAGUGGCUCCAUCUAUUCGCCAUAUCUGGCACAAGAACAGCUUCUCAACACCUUCUCUUCUGCGAUUGCUGCUGGAAGUGCGGUGAGAAUGCCAAGACAAGUGCAAAGCCAUACGCGUUGGCUGUCACAGUUACCUGAACUGUUCGGCAGCAAGCUUCUUGACUCCGCUGUUCGAGCGGUCUCCAUGGUUCACCUGGGUCGGGUGCAUCAGUCGGAAGCCUUCGAGCAGGAAGCAAUGCGGUUUUAUGGAAAGGCGCUACAUCUUCUCAAUGAGUCUUUAACCAACAAUACGAGAGGCAUGGCUACUGACACACUGUCCGCCACUAUCCUUCUGUCAUUUUACGAGAUGUUUGCUUCAAACAACAAUCUGUCAUGGGUAAGGCAUGCUGGAGGAGCAGGAACAUUGAUGCGGAUCCGAGGACCUGCCCGACAUCGUUACGGACUGGAUCGAGAUGUAUACCUUGCUUAUCGCCACACCAUUGUGAUUGAGGCUUUCACAAAGGAUGAAGCUUGUUUUUUGAGCGAACCAGAGUGGCUCGAUUUGUCGAAACAGGUUCAUGAAGACCUACGCGAAUCCGGUUUGGAGCCAGAGCGCAUAGCGAUAUUCGACUUGGCGGAAGAGUUCUACAUGGAGAACGUCUUCAUUCCGACCACCACACGGGAUGCGAUAAAACGCUCGGAAAUUCAGAAGCUGAUGACGCCUGAGGAGUACAUCGCGUACACAGACUCCAUUCGGCAACGAGCCCUACAACACAGAGCGAAACUCAAAUCAAUCAGUCUACGAUUCCGACAAACGAUCAAACGUCUAGGGAUGGAGCCGACUCUUCAUAAGACGAAAGAUCCUGUGUUUCCGGUUGCUUACGGCUUUGUUAACGUCUUCCUCGCAUCCACCUUUGUCGGUAACUGGACAAUCUCAAUGUUGCUGAACAUGAUUUUGAAAGAUAUGGAGAAGGAUAUCGCGCCAGAAAGAAGCGGACUCUAUCUCAUGGAGAAUCAGGAGAUGGCACGAGAGAUUUGCAAAAUCACUCCCUACAUGAUGACCUCUUCUUUCCUCGGGCCCUUCUUCAUCAUCUUUGCACUGAGGAUUUGCCUGAUGAUUUUUGGACCAGGCGAAGAGAGAGACUGGGUGAUGAAAAAGUUGACCCAGAUCGGAAGUACUCACAUGAAGAUGGCUGCAGACAUACCAUCUUUUGAACCGGAUACACUCUUGGAAGAAACAGCCGUGGAUCCUGGGUACUUUGAUAUCAGUUGGGACGAUUUAGACUUGUCGGACAUGUCGAUGGAAGAUUCCAGCUGAGGACCUGAUGGAGAUGUCAAGGACGAUCAACUGACCUUUAUCAUCUCGACUUUGCCGAAUCAAGUUUGGCGGUCUCCCCAUCUGCACAGCGUUCUUGAUGUGGAGAAGCGUGAGAAGGUCGUCCGUCAUUAUAUAAUACGGACGAAAUUUGGUGCUGCAAUGCUCCGCCCUAUCCUGACUAACACUACACUUAACCGGUGC